AAAAUUAAUAGGAAAAAAUAUCAAAAUAUAUAAAUGUGCAAUCGUAAAACGUUUAUUUUUGUUUUUUCAACCGUUGCACUAGCUGUUAGUGGAUUACUGAGUAUUUUUUUCUUAUGUCACCUCCAGGUAUUUCUCUUUAAGGACACUUAAGCUCUGAUUUAGUGUAAAUUGUGAAAAUGCUACUGCUCCAAGCGGAUUCGUUUUAUUGAAAGUACUUCUUAAGGCGAAAAAGAGUUUUACAAACAUUUAGUGACAUAUAUUAUGAUCUUCUCGUGGCCGAUAUAUCAUGGGAUAUUUAUAUUUGUGAUUUUUAAAGCGCGGAAAUGGAAAUACAUAAUACCGGUUGAAAUAAUUGGUGGCUUGUUAGGGGUGUCGGCAGUAACGUAUUUGCUCCUAAACCAACUGCAUGUUUUAGACUGGUACGAUUUUCCCGGAUAUAUACGCAUCGGUUCCGGAGGAGGAGGAGGAGGAGGUGGUGGUGGAGGAAGCGGACAGAGCCACUAUGGAAAAGGAAAAGGCGGUGGCGGAGGCGGAGGUCGAGGAAAAAGGUCGACCUCAGAUAAAGAUAAAUCGGAUCUUACCUGGUCGUUCAUAGCUUUUGGAUGUUGGCUGAUAUCACUUGCGAUGCCACCAUGGGCAAAAGGAUUUAUAGAUGAAUUUAAAGGGAACUACGCCUGGGGAUGUUGAAUUGUUUGAUAGUAAUUAAAAAAUGAAGCUUGUGCUUGAUAAAUUUUAAUACAUUUUGGUGAUACAAAGAUGAAUUAAUAAUGAUCUUAAUGUGCAAAACAUUCAAUUCAGUGCCAUCUGACCUGA